GGAGGAAGCUGUGUUGUGUAUUGUAUACCCUUAUCCUGGCAUGCUUCGAUAUGUACAUAUCUAGUUUUGAGAAGCUGAGUUAGCCUGUAGAUUAGUUUCUCAGACAGUCAGUGCUGAGGGAGGCGGUGCAGCCAUGUGCAGCUUCCUGUUUAUUUCAAGACUUAGAUCAUUAUUAAAUAAUCCUGUGGUGAGCAGGGCAUUCAUACCCGCAGUCUGCAGGAGAGACUUCAGUAAAAUGACUUCACAAGGCCACUUACUAACUCCAGAGGAACGAACUCAAGCAGUUCAAGAGCUCAGCACAAUAGGAUGGACUGAGGUCCCUGCAAGAAAUGCCAUUUAUAAGGAAUAUAUAUUCAAGAACUUCAACCAGGCCUUUGGAUUUAUGACUCGUGUGGCCCUGCAAGCAGAGAAAAUGAAUCACCACCCAGAAUGGUUUAAUGUGUACAACAAGGUUCAAGUAACUCUGACAACUCAUGAUUGUGGAAGCCUGACAAAAAAGGAUAUAAAACUUGCCCAAUUUAUUGAAAAUGCUGCAACAUCAUAAUACAUAAAUAAAGAAUGCUGUAAAUAA